AUUUUCUCAUGAUUGAUAUUUCAAUAUAUCAUAGCUACAUGUGGAAAAGGCCAUCCUCUAGAGUGGGAGAAUCUUGUCCUUAUUUGCCUUAAUAUCACCAACAUGCUUCUGACACAUACGUCCAUGUUGGUCUACUGCAUUCUUGUCUAAUUCCUGGGGUUUAAAGUUGAACAUGUGAGUGAGUGUUGGUUCUGCAACUCUAAUAAUAUUCAGAACUAGCCUAUGGUUAACUAGUUCAGUUUUAAGUUCUGAGCUGGAUUUUUCAAGAUUUUUUCCAGGUAUAUAGUCCUAUGAUGCAGGCCCUGUCCUCUGCCUUCAGGUUGGUGGAGAAGAAUUGGUGCUUAGAAUCUUUGAAAUGGGAUUUGGCGUUAGUGAUGCAAAGUUCUGGCAUUUCACUUCUGAUUAUAGCACUAUCUGCAGAGAUUGCUUGAUUCUUUAGAAAGCUGCAGUUUUAGAGUGCAUUGAAGAUUACAGGAUGGCAUUGUCUUCCUGUAAAUUAAACUAUCCUCUAUUUCUUCUAGGUUGUAUAGACAAGAAAAGAAGACCAAAUCUAUCUGUGACCGUGCAAUCCAACAAGAAUUCAGGGUCAGGUAGAGCACCAACAGAAUAUCAGAAAUCCAAUUCUCUGCUUAAACGAGCAAAUACAGUGGGCAUCAUUGGAGGUGUAUCUGUUUUAUCUACACUUAUUUUCCUCGAGAAGCUUGUCUGGAUGAGCUCAAGAAAUGGAGAAGAAAGCAUUCCAUUUGUUGUCUGCAGUGAUCCGUCCAUAACUCGAGAGCUGUCAUCCCAAUCACAUGUUUCUUGUCAUUCAUUUAGCAGUAAGAAUGCUGAAAUCGAAUUGAAUGCUGAUGAGAUCAUUGAGAACUUGAGGUGUAAAAGGAAGUUUCUGGAUCAGUCGGGUGCUCGUUGUAUAGUUAUGCCAUGCCAUCUUUCGCAUGCAUGGUAUAAUGAGAUAUCUGAGGGCUGUUUGCUGCCAUUUUUUCAUGUUGGUGACUGUGUUGCCAGUGAGCUCAGGGAAGCUGAGUUAAAGCCACUUGAAGCUGGAAGUGAAGUGAGAAUUGGUAUGCUUGCUUCAAGUGCAACUUUAACUGCUGGUUUUUAUCAGGAAAAGCUGCAGAGUCAGGGCUUUGAGGUGGUAUUGCCAGAUAAGGCAACCACUGAUCACAUUCUAAUUCCUGCAAUUGAAGCAUUGAGAAGAAGAGACAUUGAAGGGGCGCAAAAUCUAUUAAGAGUAGCAAUCCAGAUUCUUUUGAUGAGGGCAGCGAAUAUUGUAAUUCUUGCUUCCGAUGAACUUCAGGGUCUUCUGCCUCAGAAUGAUCCGCUUCAGAAGAAAUGUAUAGACCCAAUGGAUGCUUUGGCCAGGUCAAUCAUAAAAUGGGCAAAACAUAAAGCCAAGGUACAAAAGAAUAUUUGAACCGGAAUCAGAAUCAUAAAGCUGGUGAUUUGAGUCAGGUGCAGACUGGUACUAUCAUCCCAGCUAGGAGAAUGUCCGCCCAUGUUCCUGUUAUUAGUAUUAGUUUUGGUGCUCUAUCAAAUUUCAUGCACCUAGUUUGUUUUUUUGUCCCUUUUUUUGCUAUAAGUGGUGUCACAUGCAAGUUUUUACCACUUAUCAGUUUUAUUGCACUCUAUAUAUAUAAAGGCAGUUUGAUGCCACUA